GUUCAUUACUGGUUUCUUUCUUGUUGCCAUCCCUUGGUAUGUUGCUGCAUUUAUCCUGCUCUGCACCAGAUCAGUUGAUCAUCGAGAGAAACCAGGAUAUGUUACAUGCACCAUUGCUCAGGCCUAUAAGGUCAUGGUUUAUAACAUAACUUUGCAAGUUAUUAUAGAAACGGCUGUUCUUGCUACUAUUGCCAUCGUAUUUGGUUUAACAAGGAUAUAAUUGAAAACUGGUGAUCAACUUGUGUGGAGUCAUAUGUGUGCUAGGUAGUUUGAUUAAUGUGCGUGUAAUCAGAAGAUGUCUGUAAAGAAUUGCAUGUUUUAGAUAUAUGAUGAAACCAUCCAAAACUGCCAUGUUUGUGUAAGACGAUGUUGUAAUUAUGAGACUGACUGCUUUAAACAUGGUGCAAGAGUAUGCAUUUGUGCUCGGGGAAAUAAAGUAAAAGUUUGUUGUA